CCUAAGGUCACCACUCCCCUCGUCCCACGAUGCCUCCUCCUCCUGCAGUCUGUCUCUCUCGCUCUCACGCAAACCUCAGAGGCACCGGAAUUCCUGCUGCUGCUUCUGCCGCUGCCGCUGCCGUCCGAGCGCUCGCGCUCCCGCGAGGUCGCCCCGCAGGGUCAAGUGGACCGUCGUCCCCACACGUAUGGCGAGAAGGAGUGUGGCCGACUGCUUUGUUUGUUUUCGUUUCGAACGGGUCCCGGGGAUACAAAACGCCUCGGGAUGUGUGUGUGUGACGGAGAGCGGCGCGCUGGGUGCCCCCCGAGCAUGUGGACUCUGGCGCUUGUUCUGAUGGUUGGACGGCCGCUCUGGGCGCCAGAGGUUCUGGCCGCCGCCGCCGCUGUUGCCAUGGCGCCCCAGAACUGCAGCCUGUCGUGUGUGCAACAGGGAGGAGACGGCUGCGAGUACUGCCGGAUCACACAGGCAGAUGUGGAGAAAACGCUGGGCGCCCCGCACCGUGCAGUGUUUGGAAGUUGUAUCCCCUGGCAGUGCGCUGAGGUGUUCGGGCAGGAGGAGUGCCAGCACUACGUCCAUGGCCCCAAGGACUUGAAGGUGGAGCUGUUGCCCGACAGCUCUGAAACGGACAGCGCCGUGGUCUCCUGGAAGCCCAGCUAUUACGGGAUUGCAUUCCUGCGAGGCUUCGAGGUGUCCCUGCAGGUCCUCGGGGGGACCCAGAUCACCUGUCAGCUCUUCCUCUUCAGACACAACCUCUCUCUCACGGCCUCCCAUGCCCAACUGGAAUACACCUCAGACCCUUUCCCCGGGCUGACCCUGGGGGCCCAGUACGCAGUCACCGUCAUGGCUAUCCCUGCCCCAGAGAAAUGGGAUAAGUUCUUCUACACCAAGAUCUUCUCCACUAACACGUGCGCUAAGAAGCAUGGAAUCGACCGCUGCAAAAAAGACUGGUACCCUGAACAGAUCGCGCUGAAGCAACAGAGGGCGGAGGUCACCGUGACCUUCAACCUGGCCCCGCCCACCCUGGGCGUCAGGAAGUACUUCUCCUGGUGCUACGGGCCCACAGGAAAGACUUACAUGGGCAUCACACCUGAUUUCUCUAAAAACAAAACUCAUUGCAGUUUCCUCCUAGAGGGCCUGAAAGAAGGAACUAACUACACCUGUGAGAUUGCCGCGGAUGAGGUGGAUGCGGUGAGGGCCUCCUUUGACUUCCAGGUUGCGCCGGGGGAGCGAGACACAGCAGCAGGUGGGACAGGCCCCCGGCCCCUGGCUCUGGUCCUGCCGCUGGCCCUGUCUCUGGGGGUCCUGGCUGCCAUCCUGCUGCUCUUCUUCUGCCGGAGGCCCACCCUGUGGAAGAAGAAGGCGGAUCUGAAGCCAGAUGUUGUUAUUGUGGAACGACAUCAAGACAAGACCGCACAGGAGGAAGUCGCCUUGUUGCCAGAGGGAGGUGUGACUCCGCCCCGCCUUCUGAUUUGCUACUGUGGCAAGGAUGGCCCCGCCCACGUCAGAGCUGUCAUGCAGCUUGGGGCUUUCGUGCAGCAACACAUGGCCACUAAGGUGUGUCUGGACCUUUGGGACACUCUCAACCUGGCAGAGGAAGGCUCCAUCGGCUGGCUGUGCAGGCAGCUCCAGGAGAGCGACUUCGUCAUGGUGCUCUGCUCCAGGGGCCUCCACCACCGUCCCCUGGCUCCCAGCCGCAGCAACGACGGGAACGACAACAAAGAGGAGGAGGAGGAGGAGGAGGAGGAGGGGGGGGAGGAGGAGCGAGGGCUGAUCUGCCAGGCGGCCGUGGCCCUCAUCGGGGAGGAGGUGGGCCGAGCCCGGGCCCGCGGCAGAGACCUGUCCAAGUACAUGGCGGCCAUCUUCCCGCACUCGGAGGAGACGGACAUCCCCCUGGAGCUCGGCCUGGUGGCCCGCUACCGCCUGCCGGGCGACCUGCCCCUGCUCUUCUCCCACCUGCACGGGGUCGCCCUGCACGCGCCCGGCCGCUACCUGGAGGUGGAGCACCUGUCCCGCGAUGGGCUGGCCCGGGUCCCGUCCGGGGCCGCCCUGCUGCGGGCCAUCGCGGAGGCCGGGUUGGCGGGAGAGGCGGCGACGGCGAGGGCAUUUUAA